AUGAAUGUCCUUGCCAUCCUUAUUCCUGACAUGUUUUAUACACGCGCUGCUGAGCACCUCCCACGCGAAAGUACUCCUGCGCUUUCGGACGACACUGGCAGCUCCUCUUCACGCGAAAGCUCUCCACCGGCUACACCUGUCUCUGGACUCAGCCGUGCACCAUCUAUCUCUUUUGAUGACAAUUCUAAGCAUAUACCCACUGGCGACGGCACAGAUAUCAAAAUCCUUGAACCAGACGCGGACUCCUCGCCACCAGAAGACAUCACGCGUCCGCUGAAACGGAGACGGUUGGCGGACACAAGGGCUGAUGAAUUCCGUUCGGACAGAGCGCUUUCGCCUGAUACUUGGAGCGACGCGACUGAGGCCGAUGACGGCGUCUCCUUCGGUUCUGGCCGUGUACCCAUCAGCGACUGCACAAGUGUCGGGGAUGUCAAGCCAGAUGCGGUGGACCCGUCGCUAGAAUACGUCUUCCGUCCGUCGAAACGGAAACGAUGCGCGGACACAAGGACUGAUGAUGCUUGCGCAAAGAGGGAGCGGACGUCUGGCACCUCGAGCGACGCAAUCAAGGCCGAGGACAGCGCUUCAUUCGGUCUUGGGCAUAUACUUGUCCGCGAGUGUACGAGUAUCAGGUUCGCCGAGUCAAACGCUGUCCACGCGGUCUCCCCUCGUAUUGAUCUACAUACGUCACUUGAAGCUAUCGCUCGCCCGCCAAAGCGGAAACGGUGUGCACACACGACGACCGAUGAGGUCCGCGUUAAGAGAAGGCGGUUGUCUGACAGUCCGAGCGACGCGUCAAAGCUCAAAGAUGGGGGUCCUUAUGGACCUCACCCUAGAUGCAUGAUCACGGGCUGCGUGUCUGCUGAGGUGGAAGCAUGCUAUAUCCUGCCUCCCGACACGCAUCAACCGUUGGGCGACUGCACGACGCUCCGUAUGCCUACUGACUCUAAUGCGGCCUAUUGUAGCACGCCUGCAAACAUCAUAUUCCUUCGACGUGACCUCCGCAUACUAUGGGACACAAACCGCCUGCUGAUGAUACCCCAUCCCGAUCAUAUAGACUACCCCGAUACCCGCCCUGCCUACAAAUACUACGUCAUUGCAGAAGAUGAGCACCCUCUGGACUCGUGCAUCGCCAAGGAUUAUACCAUUACGCCUCCAGUCGCAACGGCUUGUAGCUCGUAUCGCUCGCUGGGGUGGCACGACCUGAGUGCGAAUCUGCAUCUGAUGACAAUUCGAGUGGGCCGCGAACUCAUGAAGCGACCGCUCCACUACGAGAAUCAUCUAGUUCAGGACGCUCUCUCGCAUAUACCCACUAUCACGCCCGUCUGCGCAGAUAUGAUCGAGCCGGUCUUCUCCCACAUCAAACGCGACUCGCCAGUCGAAGGCAUCUCCCGCCUGCCGAAGCGGAAACGGAGCCCGGACAUAGAGACCGAUGAAGUCCCUGCCAAGAGAAUGCGCACGUCCGGCUCUGCACGCAACACGUCCAAGGUCGAGGACAGUGUUCCUUUCGGACCUCACCCGAGAUGCAUGAUCACCGGCUGCGUGUCUGCUGAUGUAGAGGCGUGUUAUAUCCUGCCUCCUGACAUGCCUCAGCUAUUGGUGAAUCGGAAGAUGGACUACAUUACGUUCAACAUGCGUACCAACUACAACGACCUCCGUUGCCCUGCACCUGGGAAUUUUAUAUUCCUUCGACGCGACCUCCGAGAACUUUGGGAGACAAAUCGCUUAUUGAUGAUACCCCAUCCUGACCAUUUGCAGGAGCUCCAGCAUUGCACUGUCUACAAAUAUUGCAUCAUCGCAGAGGAAGAGCACCCUCCAGACUCAUGCGCAACCAUGGGCUAUUUUGUCACACCUUCCGUUAUGAAGGCUCCUUGCUCAUAUCGGUCUCUCGGAUGGCACGAGCUGAAUGCAAAUCUCCGCCUGAUGAUAUUCCGAGCGGGUCAGAAAUUGAGCAAGCGACCACUGCACUACCAACAUGUCUUGCGGGAUUUGCUGCCCCACAAGGAAAUCAAUCACGCGUACACCAUCAUCCAAUGCCAUGGGUCGUGGACGGCCCGCCUGAGUAAGCAGUUGGUACCUGAAAGGCGGUUGUGGGCAACGGGCGAGCUCUCAGCCUGUCCUGAUGGUUAUUACCGCCGCCCCGUGAAGCAAUAUUGUUCCCCCUUGUUGGAUGAUGAUGCUUAUCGCUUUCCUCGCCGAUUUCGGCCAAUUGUCUCAGGGAUAAAGAGGAAACGUUCUGGCGACACUAGCGUCGGCACACAGACCUACACCGUGGAUGAACAUACUCAACGGGAAGUCAGCGUGCGUCAGUGGUGUCUAGAUUGCGAUCACGCUCGAGAUGAGUGGAAGAUGGGACCGCCUGCGGAACCUGAGGACGCAGAGAUGCUCGCUUAUCGACAAGAACAAGCUGGCGAUGUACUGGCUGUUACGCGGUCCCAGGUUUUGAUACCUAGCCCCGUAGCUUAUGUUAUGACGGGUUUCACGUGCCCGUCAGUCUUAACCAUCCAGCAUACUCUGUCGGAGAACGACCCUUGUUGGAGAACUCCAUCGACCCGCCGCCACGACUGGAGCUUAUGCUUAGAUGGAGUGAUUCUGGCAUCUCGCAUCCUCCCGGAUGAGCCAAAUGCGCUUCCUGACCGUGCUGGCAGUCGAUCUGUUGAAUACAAGAACUACAAGCAUGUGGGAUCGUCGAUGCUGAUCGUUCCUGCAAAUCAUCUCCUCCGGCUCCCAAUCCCGCAACUACCAGCGGCAGGCUCUGAGCUUCAGACAGCAUUGAAUGGUGGCCACUGUGGCCCAGCCUUCUCUGCGUGUCUCAUAAACGAGACAAGCGAUAUUCCUGAGAUCAUUAUGGCGAAGUACACAGCUUCGUGUAUGAUGAACCCGUACAUCUCAACACGAACUGAUGAUUUUGUUGCCACGAUACCCAAGCCUCAUGUUGUGCAGUCAGAAAAAUCUGGCAAUCCUGUUGGUUUCUUGACCACGGCCUACAAUCCGCUGAUUGUCUCCAAGAAUGACACCUCCAUCAUUUUGGCGCCCUCUCAGUCUCAGACGGGCAGACCACCUUCGGACACAGCGGACACAGAACAGUGA